GGAUGUUGCACUAUCAUGAACUCCAUUCUGGAUCGCGUUGCCAAAGAUUAUGGUAGACGGAGCAGCUCAAGUGUGUACAGUAGUGGGGACGUCUUUGAGCCUUUGUCAAGUAAUAACGCUAAGCAACGAGCAAAAUUGGUAGAAUGGUUAAACAGUGUUCUUCCUCACUUGCGUUUCCCAAUAAAUGCUUCUGAUGAGGAUUUGCGAGCUUUCUUAGUUGAUGGUACCGUCUUAUGCCAAUUAUUGAAUAAGCUGAGACCAGGUUCUGUACCAGAGUGUGGUGGUUCAGAACACUCUCCGGAGAUAGGCUCAGAAAACAUUAAAAGGUUUUUGUCAGCUAUGGAUGAAAUGGGCUUGCCCAGGUUUCAGGCAUCAGACUUGGAACAGGGUUCUAUGAAAAUAGUGGUGGAGUGCCUUUUAACACUUCAGGCAGAAUUUAUGCCGAAUAAUGGAGGACGCAAUUCUAGCACAGUAUUAUCUGGUAAAUCUGGAGCUCAUGCAAAUAAAAGAUGGAAAUUGUUGGGAGAAAAUUUUGGAUGUGGCGAUGUCUCAUACAGAGAAGAAUUUUCAAGAACUCAAUCUUCUCCAUCCCCAGGAGAACGACAGAAGAACGGAUCAGAUUCAAAAUUCCAGCGUGCAUUGAGAAGUCCUGUAAUGGCAGAGCCAUCAGCUGCAUUAUUAGAUCACGUCGGACAUAAGUUCCACGAAGUAUUUCAGCUUAAACAAGGGAGCCACACUGAAAUUCCUGCUUCAAGGAUUUCAGAAAUGAUGAAAUCUAACAGUUUGGAUAUUGCCCCAACACAGUCACUUCUAAGUGUUGUCAAUGGGAUUCUUGAUGAAAGCAUUGAGCGGAAGAAUGGCGAGAUACCUCAACGCGUAGCAUGCCUAUUGAGAAAAGUGGUGCAAGAAAUUGAGCGUCGGAUAUCCACUCAAGCGGAACAUCUUAGAACGCAAAACAAUCUAUAUAAGACUCGUGAAGAGAAAUACCAGUCGAGGAUCAGAGUCCUAGAAGCCCUUGCAACUGGGACUAGUGAAGAGACACAGAUUGUCAUGAACCAGCUUCAGCAGAUUAAGAAUGAGAAAAACAAAAUGGAGGAGAAAAAGAAAAACGAGGAGCAGGAUGUGCCUAAAUUGAAUGAGAAGGAUGAUCAAAUUGCAGCAUUGAAGCAAGAGCUGGAAAUAGCUAAGAAAUCCUAUGAAUUGAAAGAGAAGGAUGAUCACGGUCAUAAAAUCGCAGCUUUGAAGCAAGAGCUGGAAAUAGUUAAGAAAUCGUAUGAAUUGAAAGAGAAGGAAGAUCAUAGAAAAGAAAUCGCAGCUUUGAAGCAAGAACUAGAGAUAGUAAAGAAAUCAUAUGAAUUGAAAGAGAAGGAAAAUCAUAAACAAGAAAUCGAAGCUUUGAAGCAAGAAAUGGAAAUAGCUAAGAAAUCAUAUGAAUUGAAAGAGAAGGAAGAUCAUAAGCAAGAAAUCACAGCUUUGAAGCAAGAAAUGGAAAUAGCUAAGAAAUCGCAUGAAAUGAAAGAGAAGGAAGAUCAUAAGCAAGAAAUCGCAACUUUGAAGCAAGAAAUGGAAAUAGCUAAGAAAUUGUACGAACAACACACCUUAGAAAUGGAAAAAAAGGCUACAGAAGCUCAACAAGAGCUUGAGGAGAAGUUGAAGGAGGCCAUGUGCCUUUUGACAGAAUCAAGAAAUAGGAUAAAGGAACUUGAGGAACUUUCUCAAUCAAAAUCUCAGAAUUGGACUAAGAAGGAGCAUAUUUACCAAAUAUUUACAGAAUUCCAGCUAGGCGCACUUCGUGAACUAAGGUUUUCUUCUCAGUCAAUAAGGCAAGAAAUUGUAAAAACGCAAAAGAGCUAUGGAGAGGAAUUCAAUCAAAUAGGUGAAAAAGUUAGAGCACUAGGACAUGCAGCUGCUAACUACUCUGUAGUCCUUGCUGAGAAUCGCAAACUGCACAAUGAGGUGCAGGAGCUAAAAGGAAAUAUCAGAGUAUAUUGUCGGAUUAGGCCGUUCCUUCGUGGACAAAAGGAAAAACAAUCAGUUGUUGAAUACAUUGGAGAAAAUGGGGAGCUUAUUGUUGUAAAUCCUUCCAAACAAGUAAAGGAAGGCCGUAGGUCUUUCAAGUUUAAUAAGGUCUACAGUCCAGCUGCAACACAAGCUGAGGUCUAUUCAGAUAUUCAGCCCUUGAUACAGUCCGUGCUUGAUGGAUAUAAUGUAUGUAUAUUUGCCUAUGGUCAGACUGGAUCAGGAAAAACAUACACCAUGACUGGCCCAGACAAAGUGAGUGAAGAGAAUUUGGGUGUCAAUUAUCGAGCUUUAAAUGAUCUUUUCAAAAUUUCUCAAAUGAGAGGGAGCACCUUCAAAUAUGAAAUUACAGUUCAAAUGAUAGAAAUAUAUAACGAACAAGUUCGUGACUUACUCUCUGGGAUAUUAUCCACCUCACAACCUAAUGGAUUAGCUGUUCCAGAAGCAAGCAUGCUUCCAGUAAACAGGACCUCUGAUGUAUUAGAUUUGAUGGAUAUUGGAUUAAGAAAUCGAGCAAAAGGUUCCACUGCCCUGAAUGAAAGAAGCAGUCGAUCACACAGCGUUGUCACUAUUCAUGUUCGUGGGAUGGAUAUAAAGAGUGGUUCAUCCAUGCGUAGUAGUCUUAAUUUGGUGGAUCUCGCUGGAAGUGAAAGAGUAGACCGCUCCGAGGUGACAGGAGAUAGACUGAAAGAGGCGCAACAUAUAAAUAAGUCGUUAUCUGCCCUAGGAGAUGUCAUUUCUGCUUUGGCGCAAAAGAAUGCUCAUGUCCCAUACAGAAACAGCAAGCUGACUCAACUCCUUCAGACUUCAUUAGGUGGCCAAGCAAAGACACUUAUGUUUGUGCAGCUAAAUCCUGAAGUUGGUUCAUAUUCAGAAACCGUGAGCACGUUAAAAUUUGCUGAAAGAGUAUCUGGAGUAGAGCUAGGUGCUGCUCGAAGUAGUAAAGACGGCAGGGAUGUAAGAGAUUUAAUGGAGCAGGUUGUGUCUCUUAAGGAUACGAUAUCUCAGAAAGAUGAGGAGAUUGAGAAACUGCAGCUGAUCAAAGAUCAAAAAAAUGUUUAUAUUGGCGCCGACAGUGAGACACAUAGUACUGAUUUAAGAAACUGAUUGCUGUGCGGAAAGAAAUCUUUUUUCCUGAAGGAGCCACAAAAGGAAAAGCAGAGAACACAAAUAAAUAAUAAACAAUCUAAAAUUCAUAGACUCCUCCUAAACUAGCCAAAGGAUUCUCUAGAAGUCUCAAGUUGGAUGUUGCUUGUCUUAAAGAUAUGUAUUGUGAUUAGAAGUUCCUUCAAAAAUUGGAACACUCGGACCAUUUGGUUGGCCAAAACUUCCCAAAAGGUUGCAGCAGUGAUAUGUAGCUGUAGUGCUCGUCAUAUUGCCUUAUUUCUUGGUUAAAGAGUCCGAUUUUGUGUAAAGCGCUAUAUGUUAGACGCUCUUAAAAUAAUAGUCA